AUGGUUCAUGGACACAGUUUUCUUCACGUUGUUGCAGUUGUUCUUAUACUUGGGUUGUCUGGGGAAGCAAAGAAAGAAGCAGUGAAAAAUAAUUCAGGUAUCCAGCCAGCAGGUCAGUGUGGAACUUGGGUAAAGGAACCAGAGGGAGGAUUGUUCACUUCCCCGAAUUACCCCAACAAAUACCCACCAGAGCGAGAGUGCAUCUAUAUUAUUGAGGCUCCCCCGAGACAGUGUAUUGAUCUCUUCUUUGAUGAAAAGUAUUCAAUAGAGCCUUCAUGGGAAUGUAAAUUUGACCACAUUGAAGUACGGGAUGGACCAUUUGGCUUUUCUCCAAUAAUUGGACGCUACUGUGGCCGGCAAGUUCCUCCAUAUAUCAGAUCCAGUGGCCGAUACCUUUGGAUAAAAUUUGUCUCCGAUGGUGAGCUGGAGGCCAUGGGAUUUUCUGCAAGCUACAACUUCACAGCAGAUCCGGACUUUAAAGACCUGGGAGCUCCCAAACCUCUGCCCUUUUGUGAAUUUGAAAUGGGAGGACCCGAGGGGAUUGUGGAAUCUCAACAAAUCACCAAAGAUGGCAAGGCCUUACAAACGGAGGCGGUGGACUGCAAGUGGUAUAUCCGUGCUCCUCCGCGCUCUAAGAUCUACUUGCGGUUCCUGGACUAUGAGAUGCAGAACUCAAAUGAGUGCAAACGUAAUUUUGUGGCCGUGUAUGAUGGAAGCAGCUCAGUGGAGGACCUGAAGAACAAAUUUUGUAGCACAGUGGCUAAUGAUGUGAUGCUUGUCAACGCACUGGGUGUGAUCCGCAUGUGGGCAGACGAGGGAAGCCGAAAAAGCCGGUUCCGCAUCCUGUUCACAACCUUCCAAGAGCCUCCGUGUGAGGCAGACACUUUCUUUUGCCACAGCAACAUGUGCAUCAACAACACACUGGUGUGUAAUGGAAUUCAGAACUGUGUGUACCCCUGGGACGAAAACCACUGCAAAGAGAAGAGGAAAGCAAAUAUUCUGGAUAACCUCAACAACACUAAUGGCACCAUCAUCGGGGUAACAUGCUGCAUCGUCAUCAUCCUCCUCAUUGUGUCGGUCAUAGUGCAGAUUAAGCAGCCAAGGAAGAAGUACAUCCUGCAUCGUGAGGACUUUGACCCCACAAUGUUCCAGGAGGUGUUUGAACCCCCACAUUACGAGCUGUGCACGCUACGUAGCGCCGCGGCUUCGGCUGACCUGGUGGACCUAACCGAGGACUUUGAGAGCUACCACAAACUGCGACGCUCUUCCUCGCGCUGCGUUCACGACCACCACUGCGGCUCGCAAUUAUCCAUCGCGAAGGGUAGCCGCACCAACCUGAAUACCCGCGAUGCAGCCUCAGCCAUCUUGACAGACAUCCCACCUCAGCCCGUGAGGCCGCUUCUGCCCGCCAGCAACCGUCGUAGCAUCCUGGUGAUGAAGCACAGCUACUCGCAAGAAGCUGCGGACGCCUGCGAUCUGGACGACGACCUGGAGGAAGUGCCUACCACCAGCCACAGGUUGUCCAGACAUGAGAAGGCAGUGCAGCGACUUCUUGAAAAUAGUGCAAUCCUGGAUCAGUACGAACGGGCUUCAAUGAAAUAUGAAAAUAUGGACCGGCGAUAUACACCAGCAUGA